AUGGCCGUGUCCACCCUGUCCAUCUGCUCCAGCGACCUGAGCUAUGACAGCCGCGUCUGCCUGCCCGGAUCCUCGGACUCUUGCCCCGACUCCUCCUGGCAGGUGGACGACUGCCCAGAGAGCUGCUGCGAGCCCCCGUGCUGCGCCCCGGCCCCCUGCCUGACCCUCCUGUGCGGCCCCUCCUCCCCCUGCCAGGGAGACUGCUGCACCCCUGCGUGCUGCAAGCCCGUCUGCUGCACCCCCGUGUGCUGCAAGCCCGUCUGCUGCACCCCCGUGUGCUGCAAGCCCCAUGUGUGCUGCACCCCUGUGUGCUGCAAGCCUGUCUGCUGCACCCCUGUCUGCUGCAAACCCGUCUGCUGCACCCCUGUCUGCUGCGAGGACUCCCCCUGCACAACCUCUUCAUGCUGCCAGCCGUCCUGCUGCACCUCCUCCCCCUGCCAGGAAGACUGCUGCAAGCCUGUCUGCUGCACCCUUGUGUGCUGCAAGGACUCCCCCUGCUCAGCCCCCUCCUGCUGCCAGCCCAGCCCCUGCUGCAGACCCUCCUCCUGCGUGUCCCUGCUCUGCCGCCCCGUGUGCAAGCCCGUGUGCUGCACUUCUGUGUGCUGCAAGCCCGUCUGCUGCACCCCUGUCUGCUGUGAGGACUCCCCCUGCACAACCUCUUCAUGCUGCCAGCCGUCCUGCUGCACCUCCUCCCCCUGCCAGGAAGACUGCUGCACCCCUGUGUGCUGCAAGCCUCCCGUGUGCUGCACCCCUGUGUGCUGCGAGGAUUCCCCCUGCUCAGCCCCCUCCUGCUGCCAGCCCAGCCCCUGCUGCAGACCCUCCUCCAGUGUAUCCCUGCUCUGCCGCCCCGUGUGCCCCCGCCCCGCCUGCUGCGCCCCUGCCUCCUCCUGCUGCCGCCCGGCCUCCUGCGUGUCCCUGCUCUGCCGCCCCGCGUGCCCCCGCCCUGCCUGCUGCGGCCCUGUCUCGGGCCAGCCCUGCUGCUGA